AUGAGAAAGCAGCGUUUAAGCCCUGAAGCCUACAAAGGAUUCCUCAGCAUGGCAUCGGUCCCCAUAGGUAAGCAGCCACCAGAUCAGUGGCGCUCGGAAGGAAAUACCAGAGAACGAGGCCAGCGAGGGGUAGAUGUCCUGAGCCGUCUGACUUUGGAAGAGCUGCAGCAGCUCGUGACAUCGCCCCCGGUUCUGGACGAAGGCGACUACCAGGCCAAGUUGACCCUUCUGAGCCCCAGCCGGGUGCCGCUAGCAUCCAGCGGUCCCAUUCAUCCACAGUGGGUCCAAGUGCACGUUUACAACCUCAGCGAGAAUUUCGUCGGUGCCAACCAGAUGUUGGCCUUUGCCGAAAGCGGCCCCGCCUUAGGCGGCGCAUUCCACGUGGGUGUGGAGGUGUUUGGAGCCGAGUGGUCUUAUGGAGUCUAUGGCAUCGCUUGCGAUCCGCCGCGUUCGGAGACGGCGCACGUCUACGAGUGCAGCGUUUACGUGGGGGUGCCUUGGGCGGUCAACGAGGUCAAGAGCCAGAUGGAAGUUGCCGACAUCCUCCAUACGCUCUGCCAAGAAUGGCGUGGACAAGACUACGACGUCUUGAGUGAUCGCUUGCAGAAGGUCGUGCUCGAGGACGUGCCGGUUCUCUACCGAGUGGCGAGACCCCACGUCGAGCGCGCCAUCGUGCAGACGCAGGUGUAUGUCGUGGAGAAGGGGACGGAGGCCGGGAAAGUGAUCCACAAGGCCGUGGUGCACGAUGUGCCUGUGAUGGUUGAGACCGGUGUGGAGACUGCCCGGCCGUAUGUCCAGCAGGCCGGGCAGGCUAUCCACAAAGCCGUUUGGCAUGACGUGCCGGUGAUGUAUGAAACGGCACGGCCAUAUGUGGAGGAGGCCGCCCGUGCUGCACACAGAGCCGUGGCCGAGGAGGCCCCGAAGGCCAUCGAGGCCGUGCGGCCCCACGUGGAGCGGGCCGUGACGAACGCGUGGCAUCACACGAGCUCUGCGGUCCAGACAGCAGGAGAUGUCAUCAGCCAGCAUGCGCAGACGGCAGCUGCCAAUGUGGCAAUUGCUGCUGAGGCGGUUCAGGAGCAGCUCUUCGGAAGCGCCAGCAGCUCCAGCAAAAGCAGCCGGAGCAGCAGCCCGAGCCCUGCAAUUCCGGAGGCCGCUCCCGAGACGAGGAAGCCGGAGCCUCCCACAAGAUCCGAAACGACCGUCCAGGUUCUCACGGCGCCGAUUGAGCCAGGAUUCAGGCGGAAAGCCGAUGCCAUUCUCUCAACGACCUCAGCCGCGGACGCAGUCGCAGAUCGUGUACCCAGUCAGGGCGCCGCAGAUGGCCCCGCCGAUGCGCAUGCCUGCCCCAGCCGCCCAGGCGGCGUACGUGAUGCCAGCACAGGCCUCAUGGCAGCCAGUGACAAGGCGAUUCCCCUGACUCCUGACGGGCAUGCAGCACCGACUUACAAGAAGUUGACAGCGCCGUAA